AUGUUAAACUCUAUGGCUUUGGUGUUUUUCGCCAUUCUUUUCCUCCAAACCCACUUCUCAAUCUCCGACGCCAUCCCGAUUCCGCCGACGAACAGCAAGAUCGACUCGGUGCUGGUCCGAAACAGCCUCGUCGGAGAAGAUGAAGACCUGAUGAUGCCGUCGGAGAUCAGCCGGAGAGUGCUGAUGGCUCAGAAACGGUACAUCGGCUACGAAACCCUAAGGAGGGACAUGGUUCCUUGUCAGAAACCAGGCGCUUCUUACUACGAUUGCCGAUCCGGACAAGCCAAUUCUUACAGCAGAGGCUGCGAUACCAUUACAAGGUGUGCUAGAGACACCAGCGACAUCACCACUUGA